UGUCGGUUAGACGAUAAGUUUAGGCGAGGUUAACCACACCCACUGUUUGCCAUGAUAUAAAGGGCUCUCCCACUGCGGGGGCGGCUCUAUUGUUGCUUGCAGCGUUGCAGCUUCUUUACAGGUCCUCAGUUCUUCAUCAGUAGAGGAACCUUUCUUGAGAAUAGCUCAUACUUGUCUUCACCGAGCCUCUGUGCCGUCUCUAUCCUUGCUUUGACGUCAAUUGUAAUAUCAAGGGCUGCGGAUGGCUUCUGCAUCUAGCUCCACGCCGGUUGGAACGCCCGUGUCCUCGGGCGAGGCGAUGGCAGGCAGUGGCCCAGCUACUGGUCUCUCUUCUCCCUCCGGAGCCGCCGGUAUAGUGGCGCCCCCAAGGACCGGUGCUCCUACAAUCCCGUUAAUACCUACUGGAGGACUCACGGGCGGCCCGCCAGCUCCCGUUGCUCCCACCAUAUCAGUCCCUACCCCAGGACCCUCUGGUGGCCCGUCUGCUCCCGUUGCUCCCACCAUAUCAGCCCCUACCCUGGGUCCCUCUGGUGGCCCGCCUGCUCCCAUUACUCCCUCACCCCGGGCUCCUCUUACUCCUCCUGCGGGCCCUGACGACUUCAUGAGGCUGCUUAAUGCAGCAGUGGAGACAGGAAUAGAGCGGGGCAUCGACCGUGCCCUCCGUUCUACUGGCACGAGCCUCCCAGCAGUCUCAGCAGGAUCUGGGUCGUCAAGUGCGCCUAUGCCCCCUCCCGUGGCUACCCUCUCAGGGUCAGGCUUGCCUGCAGCUAGCAGCUCUACUCCAGCCCGCUUGGCUGAACCUCUACCAGGUACCUCAGUGGCUCAUGCUCUUCCGCUGUUUUCAUCAGCAAGCAGCCACUUUGCAGACCCCCUGGGCUCCCUCCUCCAUACAGCUCCCCCUGCCAAGGUUUUGCCUGUAUCGCUGGCUACCUCUCUCCCUCCCAUUCCAGCAAAGGUAGUGGAACGUAUCCACUCCGGAGCCUACGUGGAGCUGAAGGAGAUGUUAGUGGAUAAUGUCACCCUGACUGAGAGGCUACAGGAGUUGGGCCAUCCAUCGCAGCUCCUCUCUGCGUCCUCAAAAAUGCGAGAGAUCUCUGACCCCCUCACAUGGGUCUUCUGCUUUUUAUCAUUUAUCGCCAUAAAGACGAAUCACACGCCAACCAAACAACUUGUGGCGUAUGCCCAAAUUGUAAUCCACUUGUUUUGGAAACACGGCGGUAGCGGAUGGCACAACUAUGACACCAGAUUCAGGCAGCAAAUGGCCACAGGAGCUCUUCGCGAGUGGACUCAUGUUGAGCCAUCUAUCCUGGCCACGUCUGUCUUGAGAGCCUCUGUCUCAGACUCCCCCUGUUGCUCAUUGUGUUGGGAGUCCGACCACCGGACGAGUGACUGCGCCCUGGCUACAUGGGAGAAGAAGAGCUCUCCGCAGCAGUCAAAGACAGGGAGGACGCAUCCUUACUUGCCUUCUAAGGAACCGUGUAAAAAGUACAACAAUGGCUACUGUAGGCACGCUAAGUGUCAAUACCUACAUGUUUGUAGUAUUUGCUCCAGCGGAGAACAUGUAGCGUCAGCCUGCCCAAAGUCGCCCUCACCGAAGACCACUGAUGCGUAGCUUGAUCCGGUAGCUGCUCUGGAGGGCGCUAUAGAUGGACCCUCUCUAUAUAUACUAACACUCAUUAUUAUUCAUGAUGCAUUGUUUAAUUAUUGCUCUUUCCCAGUGUUAUCAUCCAUUGUUCAUUGCUCAUGCAUUUUUUUUUCUGGCAUGGUAACUUUGCAAUAUUAAA